ACUUGGUAUUUUCUCUAGGCUAUCCAAACAAACAGCAAAGGAAAUCUGUGCUUGAUGAGUGUGGUCUGCCCUUAUUCUGUAGUGAUUGGGUGAUUACAGUUCAAUUUUAUUGACUGUGAGAAAUCACAGGGCGGAGAUCAUUACCAAAUGCCACUACGCGUUUAAUAAAUGCCACCCGGUGUUAGCGGCGUUUUUAAACGCCGGAGAAUUGAGACGAAAUGUGAUACCUUUGGCUUUCCAUAUAGGAUGGUCACGUGAUUUUUGCCGUGGCGAAGCGAGGAGUUGAUACAUCUUGCCGUGAUACUUUUGCUUUGAAAGGUCGAUACAGUGUCGAACAGUCUGCUUCGAGCGUAAAAUCACGAUCUACGGGUCAGACACUGAACCAGUCGACAAAGCUGUGUGCUCUGUGUGGCGUGAACUGAAAACAUCUCAGGGGAGAACCGAUAUCAGAGUGCGCAGUUUCCUGGAGGGAGAUGCAAAUACAACAGAGAUGAGAGGCGGAAAGUAGCGACCCCACACCACACGGGUUCAAGUGGACUCUGGCUUUAUUAUUGCGUAGCAACACGAACCCAAAACAGAGCCCCAAUCAGGAAGUGCACCCCUCGGGUCCGGGCCUCCUUUACGGUGAUCAGAUUUCUUUCCUCUUCCUCGGUUGGCUGUUUCCUAAAAAUGUCUACAAUCCAGUUACUGAGAUCGUUCGUCAGCCAGCGACUGACGGUGGCUGUCGAGGAGAUAAUCGGGAUGUUUGAAAGAACAAUAACCGUGUACGAGGAGGAGAUCGACCGGCACCGCAGGCUGCUGGGAGCCGAGCAGCUGCCCGCCAUCAAGAUAGCGUUAAAUACCGAAACAGGUGUGUCUCAGGACAUCCGGCCGCUGAUCGUCAGUGCAGAGAUUCCCCCCGAACAGCAGGAGUGGAGCUCUACUCUGGACCAGGAGGAUCCAGAGCCCCCGUGCAUUAAGGAGGAGCAGGAGGAAGUCUGGAGCAGUCAGGAGGGAGAGCAGCUUCAAGGACUGGAGAAGGCUGAUAUCCCAGAGUUCCCGUUGCCUCCUGUCACUGUGAAGAGUGAAGAUGAUGAAGAGAAUCCUCAGUCCUCACAGCUUCAUCAUAAACAAACUGAAGAGUACAGAGAGGCAGAUCCGCCAGCCAACAGCUCACCUCAAAAGAUGGAAGCUGAAGCUGUUGGAGAGGACUGUGGAGGAUCAGAAUCGGCCUUUGACUUGGAUGUAGCUGGUUUUUUAAAAGCAGCCAGUGAUGGUCAGUUUUUCCUCUCAAAGUGUUUUAAAACUGAGACUGAGGAUUUGUAUGAUGACUGGAACCAGAUGAUUGUAUCUCAGCCAUUUCCAGAUGCAGUGAAAGUGAAAGACAAGGAAGUUGUGUCUCAUCACAGAUUUCAUAAUCAGAAAAAACUCUAUAGGUGUCCAGCAUGUAGCAAAACAUUUAAGCACAACACAGCUCUGCAAAGACACAUAACAUGUCAUACAGGGGAGAGGCCAUUUGACUGUACUGAGUGUGGUAAGAAAUUUAGGCAAAAGGGAAGUUUGCAUAUACAUAUGAGAAAACAUACUGGAGAAAAGCCUUUUAGUUGCUUGGUUUGUGGUAAAAACUUCACCCAGAGUGGAACAUUAGCUGCGCACAUGAGAAUUCAUACUGGAGAGAAGCCUUUCAGUUGCUCAGUAUGUAAGAAAAGGUACAAUGAAAGAGGGACACUGGUCAGACACAUGAGAGUCCAUACAGGAGAGAAACCAUUUACUUGCACACUUUGUGGUAAAAGAUUUAGUGAAAAGGGAAAUCUGAAUAAACACAAAAGAAUCCACACAGGAGAGAAACCAUUCAGUUGCAGUGUAUGUGAGAAAACAUUUAGUUUGCUGUCACACCUUAAAAACCACAAGUGUCCUGGUAAGAAAAUCACUGAGGCUGUAGAGCAGGAGCUUCAGCUAAAAUGUCCAAAAGUUACAGUGCAAUCAACCAGACCAAUAUUAUGAGUCUGUCAUUCUGGAGGAAAGCCUUCAAGUCAGUGUUUCUUUAGAGUUGGGGAUGAAGAGCAUUUUAUCGAAUCUGAAUCCGGUGUUAAUUCACUUGUCAUAUCAAAUCCUUUUAAAUUCCAUACCCUCUAAUUACGUACAUAUGUGUGUAACAAAAGUUAAAAAUAAGUACAACUCACAUUUUGUUGGCUAAUAAGACAGAAAUACUACUA